UUGAAGGUGGUUGAAGUGUCAGACCCUAGUGUAAUUCUCUGUUUAACGUUGUCUAUGAUCAAAACAAACAUGGAGGGCAAAGUUGCAAUAGUUUCGGGCGCAAAUAAAGGCCUGGGAUUCGCAAUUGUGAAAGGAUUGUGCCAAAACUACAAAGGGAUCGUCUAUCUUACAGCAAGAGAUGAAUCAAGAGGUUUGGAAGCUGUAAAAAAGUUAAACGAUCUCGGAUUAAAACCAAUGUUUCAUUUACUUGAUGUGACUGAAAAGAAUAGUAUCGAAAAACUUGCGGAAUACAUUAAAACAAAACAUGGUGGAUUCGAUGUGCUUGUAAAUAAUGCAGCUAUAUUAGAAUGGGAUGAGGUAUAUCCAACUUACGAAGCAGCGAAAAGAAAUAUCGAGAUAAAUUACAAAAGUUUACUUAACAUCGAAGCCCUUUUAUAUCCGCUGCUGAGAGAUGGCGCUCGAGUCGUUAAUGUGUCAAGUGCGUGCGGACACCUUUCCAAUUUACGCAACAAAAAAUGGUUGGAUUUACUAACAAAACAGGAUCUCAAUAAAGAAGAUAUCAAUUACUUUGUUGAUGAAUAUUUGGAAAGCGUUAAAAAUGGUACAUUUAGAAAAGAAGAUUUUGCAGAUGAUGGGAAACAUGCAGAGCAUAGAGUUUCUAAAAUUGCAUUAACAGCUUUAACUAUGGUACAACAGAAAUUAUAUCCAAAUAUAAGCAUAAAUGCUGUUCAUCCAGGAUCUGUAGAUACUGAUAUGGCUAAAUUGAAGAAAGGCGUCAAUCCUGAUGAGGCAGCAAAGACUGUUCUGUAUCUGAUUUUAGAAGCAUCACCUAAAUUAAAAGGAACAUUUAUGUGGUACAACAGAAAAUUAAUUGAUUGGUAUGACGUGGAAGGUGAUUAUUAUUACAAACAUGGAGUGUAAUUGAUUUCAAGGGAUCUGAAUUAUUAAAUUGUAAGAUUUUGAGCAACUCAGUUCGAAAUAACUUUUUAUUUAAGCAGAUUGUUUAUAAAGCAAAUGUACAAGUCA